ACUUGUAGAAAGUUGACAUCCGAGAGCGAAGGCGUCAGGACGCCACGUUUGCCGAAGCAAGGCAGCUGGCUCGAACCCGGGUGCUUGUCGCAAGGGGCGGUGCUUUGGAAAUGCGUGGCAUUCACCGGCGAACCGAUCGUGCGAAGAAAGAUCUCGCGUGUAGUGCACGAGAGCCCUAUUUGUUCUUCAACCAAGAACUACGUCCUGCGUAUUUUCCUGCAAUCGGAGUGUCCUUCUCAGAAUCCGAUGCCUUUGACCCGGAAGCAAGCGUCUUUACAGCGGAGGCCUAUGUACUAUUGUCGGCUGCAAAACAUAUGGCUGUGCAAAAAUUCUCGGCCGGCAUGACUACCGACCGAAUAAGGUGAUGACUGCCAGCCAUCAGCGCUAGAAGCUGUUUCCUACUUCGGAGACUUGCACGCGGGCUACCAAUAAAGACAUGGAAGGAAGCCAGGAGCGUCAGCAGCAGCGACAGUCUCAACAACAGCACGAGCGGAAAGGGCGGCCGCCGCCAGCUGAACCUGACGACAUGCGAUCCUGGCUGGUGGCUGUCGCCUGCGGCUGGAACCUGCUCUGGAGUAGCCUCUUUCGUCGCUCCACGGGAGUCAUCUACGUGGCCCUAGUCGGCGCGUUCGGCGCCACACGCGAACAAAGCAGCUGGGUGCUCAGCGUCGGCACCAGCAUCGCCUGGCUGAUCGGUCCCCUCGUCGGCUUCCUCACGAAGCAUGUACCGCUGAUGGCGUUGUCUUUCACGGGAAGCUUCGUGACGGCCGUGAGUGCGAUAGGCUGCGCCUUCGCCGGGGACAUGACGGCCGUCUUCCUGCUGCUUGGAAUCUGCAGCGGUAUCGGCAACGGCAUCGGGAUGUCUACGAACGACGUGAUCAUCGGCAAGUACUUCAAGCGAUACCGUGGCUCGGGCAACGGCAUCUACUACACGGGCGGCACAUUGGCCGGGUUCGCUUUCCCACAGAUACUGCACCUCCUGCUGCAGGAGUACGGCUUCACGGGCGCCUUCCUCAUCACCGGCGGUCUUAUGCUCAACGCCCUCUCAGUGUGCAUCAUCUUCAAGACGCCACCCUGGGAGGCGCGCGCCAAGAUCUCGCGCGCGACAGCUUCAGCUAACACAUCCAGCGACGGAGAGCAGCGGCGAGGAUCAGCAGCGAAUCUGGAGCGUUCGACACAAGUGGCGACGAUUGAUGGUACCUACAAGGCCGUCAUCGAAGCCGGCACGUCCGCCAACGACGAACACAACGGCAACAAGUCCAGGGACGUGCGACUGAAACCUUCGCUGAAGUGCACGUCGAUUUUGCAAAGCAGCGAGGAUUUCGGCUCUUACGUGAACGUGUCUUUACCCGACAACCAAGCGGCCAUCGUCGGAGUGUGUACCCGCGAAACCUCCGACGGACGUGCUCCAGCUGCCGCAAACAGCACGGCGACAACGCGCGAGCUUCCUCCCUGUCCUAAACCCAUACAGUUCGGGCGCAUUUCUUUCCGCUUCCUCAAGAGGAAACAAAGCGGCGGCGGCGACGCUCCGUACUCGCGCUUGGACGGCGCCUACAAGAUUCAAGAUGGCGAAGUUGGUAGCACCGGCAACCACGGUGGUGCCGUCGCACCACCGUGGUCUGUGUCCGAGCCGGAAGUCAAGAUUCAAUAUAGCGAAGUUGGUAGCACCGGCAACAAUAGUGGCGUCGCACCACCGUGGUCCGUGUCCGAGCCGGAAGUCAUGAUCGCCAACGGAUGUCCCGAAGCCGUCGCCGUCGACGCCGCGGUCAAAGGACUCUGUCGCCAGACGUCGGUCCGUCAAGACGCUCUGGAGGCAAGCGGCAAUGCCGGGGGCUCGUCGUACUGGAGCUUCCUUCGGGCGCCCGUCUUCUACAUGGUGGCCGUGACGUGCGCCUUCUCGGUCUACACGCUUCUGGUUCUGAUGAUCCUCGUCGACUUCGCGAUCGAAAAGGGCUUCACGCGCCGCGACGGCGCAGUGUUUCUCUCGGUGUCCGCCAUCGGCGACGCCUGCGCCCGUCUCGUGGCCGGCGCGCUGUCGGACCGGGCCUUCUGUGACCGGCGCGUGCUGAUAAGCGCCAGCGCGAUGCUCACGGGCGCGCUGUGCGUCGCGAUGCCCAGCAUGCGACCCGACCGCUAUGCGGUGGCGGUGCUCAUGUGCGCGUUGCUGGGCAGCACCAACGGCACUGUGGCCGUGCUGUUCGUGCCCGUGCUCGCCGACCAGCUGGGAGUGGAGAACUUGGGACUUUCGUCAGGCAUCACCCGGUUCGGGAUGGGUCUCGCUUACAUGGCGUGCCCCAAGAUCACCGGUUACUACAAGGACGAAAUCGGGUCAUACGAUGGACUACUUCACAUGAUCAGCAUUGGCUCUUUCUUGGUGUGCGUAAUGUGGACAACGGACUUCAUUUACAGACAUCUCAAAAGAUGCCGGACGAAUAGUGCAUCUUGACAUAGCAUGCUUGACGUGAUAAUACCAUAGACAUUUGCUGAUCACAUAGCAUUUGCUGUGCAGACAGUGGGUUGUGCCUUGAAAAUCCUGACCUUUCUUGUGUACAAUACAAAAUGUCAGUGCAGGAUCCUUCUAAGAUGCCCUUUUUUAAAUAAAUGUUUAAGAAAAAAAUAGAGUGCUGUACUGCAAUUAAUCACCA